AUGGGAAGGGACAGGACUGUUCCUCAAAUGCGUGGCAGGAGCCCUGGAGGCCAUCGCUUUGUCAAUCCUGCAACAGGCUACUGUGACUCAGAACGGCGUUAUUUCUCUACUUAUCGUGGCAAUUACACUUCUGGACCUCCUAGAUCAAGAGGUGGUUUUGAUAGCCGCAGAUAUAUAUUAACUUCAGACCAUACAGAGUCUGAAGGAGCAGGGUUUGCAGGAUCUGACAAUCGUGCCCGUAGGCGAUUUGUUAAUCCUCCUUCCAAUGGUGCAUAUGAUCGGGUCAUUAGGAGGAGAUCACCUACCAGCAGAGAUGAUUCAUAUCGUGUGCAUACAGGAGCAUUGCCUGUGAGAGAUGGUAGCCCAGUCAGGAGUGGAUUUAGAAGAUUUCCACGAACGGUUGCAAGAGGAGGCUUGAGAGAGGAAUAUCACAGGCCAAUGCCAGAGGACAAGAUUGAAUAUUCUAAUCGGUUUGCACCGCGGAUGCUUAGGAGAGAGAGAAGUAUUUCUCCCCUAUGCAGAGGACAACCACGUUGCCCCUUCACACACAAGAAAUCUCGGUCGAGAUCCAGAAGUCGCUCUCCAUCUUCAUAUUUACCAAGGGAAAGAAAUGAGGUUUCAAGACUUCGUAGCAGGUCACCGGAUUUUAGGACUGAUGCUAGGAUGGAUAGAGUGAGGGUGCCAUUUCAGAAGCGGUUUCCAGCCGAUUUUGAAGAGGGGUUUAUGCACACAAGAAGAAAUCACUUUACACAGCGCAACCCCAGAUGGUUUGAUGAUCGAAAUGGUGGUUUGGAUAGUUUCAGGGGAAGAAAAUCACCUGGGAGUAUGUUCCAUCCAAAUCAAAGAUUUGAUUCAGUGCGUACCAUCCGGAGAUUGGAUUCAGAUGAUCAGUUCAGACCAGUGAUGCGUUCCAGAAAAUUUAACGAUAUGGGGAGUGCUAGCAGGGGAGGUGAAUUUGAUGGCAGUGAUGAUGACAGGAGAAAGCAUAGGUAUGAGAUGGUUCAGCGAGUGAGACGGUAUGAUACAGAUGGUGGUCUGCGGCGGUUCCGGUUUAAUGCAGAAGAUUCUUUGGUGGCUAAUAAUGAUACUCCUAACUGUGAUGAUGGAAAUAGAAUAACUGACAGAAGGCCUGUAGAGGCGCUUAGAAGGGAUGUUGAAGAGUAG